GGGCAGUAGCGGCAUGCUCUCGGCCGGUCGGAGUUCAGUAGUUUCCCCAAGGGUGUGUCUUAGCAGCUGAGACUGCUGAAUAACUGCUGUAUCGCUGCCCAGAGUGACACAGUACACGAGAAAGUCACAGGCACACAGGAACAAACUUGCUUGUAGUUUAAGAACUCACGUCGACUGUCACCGUUGACUCUGCUGUGGUGGAUUAUUAGCAGAGAAAUUUCACAGUACGAUAAGAAGGCUUGUGUUGAAACUUUUUGAGAGACUGAGUCAUACUGUAUUAAGCUCUAUCUGUAAAGAUCUACUGAAGGGACAGUGGAGUUGUAUUUGAAGUGGAGUUCUAUUUUUUAAAUGUGUUGAUAGGAAAACUGGGAAAUUACGAGUCCUGAAUUUUCUUUUAAAGCUGGAAAUCUGGAAUCCUGAAUUGGGAAUAAAUCAGAAGGCUUUUACCAAAUCCGGGUUUUCAACAUCUUUCAAGUUGUUGUUAAAUCUUCAAUCAUGGGAUCAGUUAAUAAACUGUUUAUACUGGGUCUGUAUCUCUGCCUCACUCUGAUUUUGGGGGUUAUGUCUUCAUGUCCCAGUGGAUUUACAAAUCUAUCUAAUGGAACAUGUACAGAUGUGGAUGAGUGCAGAGGAGAUAAAUACUGUCCUAAUAAUGCAUUUUGCUUCAACACAAUUGGAAGUUUCUUCUGUCAGUGUGAACCUGGGUUCAGAUCAUCUUCUGGGAAAACCAAUUUAACAUUCACUGAAACAUGUGAAGAAAUUAAUGAGUGUCGAGAGAACAAAACGAUUUGUGGUCCAAAUGCUACAUGUAGUAACACAAUUGGAAGUUAUAACUGCACUUGCAAUAAAGGAUACAAAGCAAGUCCCGGCGAAGACAAGUUCAACACCAACCUGGAUGUCACAUGUGAAGAUGUAGAUGAGUGCACACAGGGGCUGAUCUGUGGCAGCAAUGCCAACUGUUCUAACUCAGCUGGCAGCUACUGGUGUGUCUGUCAUCCAGGGUUCAGCCAGUCUGAGAACUCCACAGGAAACUGCUCAGAUAUCGACGAGUGUAAAAUGAUUCCACCUGUGUGCGGACCUCAGACAAAUUGCAAUAACACCCCUGGCAGUUACAGCUGUAUCCCUUUCUGUGGGCCAGGAUUAAUCAAUUAUGGAAAUGGCUCAUCUCAAUGCAAAAAACUGAAUUGCAACAGCCUGUUCAAAAACGAAGCUGGACAAGAGAAGCUACCUUCUGGAUUAAAAAAAGUGGUGAAUGACCUCAACGACUCAUGUUUGAUGAUAAGUGAUCAGUCUUAUCCAGACGGCAACACAUAUCUAAUGAGGUUUCUGGGUAUUGUUGAUGAUCUCCUACUUGGUGGAGUACUGGACAGGAAGAGUGUAUCAUCAUUCCUUCAUACCACAGAGCAAGCCAUGAUGCUGAUUGCACCUCUAAUGAAAGAGAGCCAGACCUGGAUCAAUGUCUCGACUUUGGGCGUGGAUUUCCUCGUGUCCCGGGGCAGUGAUCCACCUACGGGAAGCAUCAGCUUGUCUUCAGAGUACGCUGUCUUGGACACUCACUGGGAAACGGUAGCCAGCCAAGACAACCAAGGUUUUGCUGCUGCUGCCUUGGUUACCUAUUAUGAUCUGGAAUCCUCCGUCAAUAGCUCUUUUGAUGCUGUUUUCCGUGAGACGGGUGAAAAAGACCGGACCUCUUUUCAGAUCAACUCGAAAGUGGUGACGGUGUCCGUCAGUAAUGAGCAUACAGAAAAGCUCGAGAAGUCCGUCCACAUCACCUUCUCUAACUUGAAAAAAGCAGAGUAUAAAACUUGUGUGUACUGGAACAAAGGUGAAUGGUCUACUCAGGGCUGUGUGGCAAAGCAUUUCAAUGAUACUCACACCGUGUGCGAAUGCGAUCAUCUCAGCAGUUUCGCUGUCCUAAUGUCCCUCUAUGACCUAAAGGACUCCUUUGAGCUGCAAAUGAUCACCUGGGUGGGGCUCUCUCUGUCCCUGCUCUGCCUGCUCUUGUGCAUCGUCACCUUCUACUGGUGCCGUUCCAUCCAGGGAACACGAAACACCAUCCACCUGCAUCUCUGCAUCAGCCUCUUCAUCGCGGACCUGGUCUUCCUCGCCGGCAUCUCCAGGACCCAGAACAAGGGAGGCUGCGCGUUGGUGGCGGGGCUCCUGCACUUCUUCUUCCUGGCGUCGUUCUGCUGGAUGUGUCUGGAGGGGAUCCAGCUGUACCGGAUGGUGGUGCUGGUUUUCCACACCACUCUGCACCGGCUGCACAUGCUGGCCUUUGGCUACGGCAUCCCCCUUGUCAUCGUGGUCAUCUCUGCCAUCUCCUACCCCGGGGGCUACGGCACGGACAGACACUGCUGGCUGGCACUGGAUCGGGGCUUAAUCUGGAGUUUCUUUGGGCCCGUCUGUGUGAUUAUCAUGAUCAACGCCUUUUUCUUCAUGAUCACGGUGUGGAAGCUGGCAUUGAAGUUCAGCAGCCUCAAUCCAGACCUGUCCAACCUGAAGAAGAUCAAGAAAUUCACGAUUACUGCCGUCGCCCAGCUGUGCAUUUUGGGCUCCAUGUGGAUCUUUGGCUGUUUCCAGUUUGAAGAGAACACCAUUGUCAUGUCCUACCUCUUCACCAUCCUGAACAGCAUUCAGGGCGUGCUCAUCUUCGUCAUGCACUGCCUGUUGUCCAAGCCGGUGAGGGAUGAGUACCGUAAAUUCCUGCCUCCUGUGUGCAGAACCGAAAAGAAACCCAAGUACUCUGAAUUCAGCAGCUCAACAAAUAAUUCCGCCAACUCACAGUCCUUGAAGAACAGCCGCAACACGGGAGAGUCACAGAUGUGAAGGGGUGAUGACGCCGACCUACUGUACUUUGAUGCUUUGCAAAUGCUGGCGGACUGGCUUCUUAAAGGCUAGGGGGCGCUAACACACUCACCAGCCACCACUCAAGACUGGUGGAAGGUACCCAGCACAGUACUGACCGGUCGCUUUCAAUCCACCCAGCUAAAGGACGUGCUCAUAGGCCGGAAACGUCAGAUUUAUAAUAUAGGAUACUGCAAUGAAAGAGCCUCCAUGGUAGAGCUGUCACAGCAGCGCCUAUGCUAGCUCCAAAUCUGCAAUGUAAGCACCAGGAUUGACUCUCUCUCACUCUCUCUCUGCCCUGAGGAAUGAAUGACUUUUCUGGAAAGACCUAAACUCUGGAUUAGGCAAACCUGAGCAUGACUAAUUUCAAGGAGUUUUCCGAGAAUCUAUUGCAAUAUGCACUGCUUGCCCACUUUCUGAGAAUCUUGUUUCCCCCAGUGGAUCUUAACGGGCCCUGAUGUGGCUGGAUCUGUGUUCUCUUCAUAUACCGCGUACACACAUCUAAACAAUCCGAACAGUCAGUAAUCUGUUGCAUACACACACAGUAUAUCGUAUACAGAGAAUGGGCCAACUGACAAGGCUUUGACAAUGACAGUAUUUUUUACAAAGGUACGUGGGGGCUGGCUGAUCUUAAAACGCUAACAUUGUUGCUGAUAUCUUCCUAGAAGAUAUGUCUAGUUAACUUUGAUCAGGUUUCAAUAAUGAAUGAGCUGAGCAUCCUUGUAGAGCAGGUAUAAGCUUCAGGAUGGUAAUAAAUUUGAUCUGUGGUGAGGCGUACUGUAUAUCCACUUUUUCCACGCUGUGCGUGAAAUUUGAAUGUUUAAGAAGAAUAAUGAAUUAGGUACCACAUGUGGCCACUUUAGUUCAGGGAUGGUCACUUUGGGAUGAUCUAGUCUUGAACAGCAUGUUCCUCAGCACAGCCCUCUGCUUCUGUUUAAUUGAACCAGUGGUGGAAGAUCUUAACAUGCAUAUUGCCUCCUGUUGAGUUAUUGUACAUGUUUUAAGUGCAUUUUAACACAUAGUUCAAAGUCUGAAGUGCAGGUCCAGCCCAAUGUCAAAUACAAGGAGUAUUUAGACCUUUCAAUGGAGGAACAGAAGUUAAGAUGGAGUAUGCAUUCCAAAUGAUAUCAGUGAAGAAAUAUUAGAAACGUUUGCAGAGUUUUUGAAACACUUCAAAGCUCUCUAUUGCACAGUUGUUAAAAGCUGGGGUUGUGCAAAUGAGUAUUGCCAUGCAAUAGCUCUCUGUAUGACUUGCAAUGUUGGAUGUAAAAAUUGAUGUUAAUAUUUUCUUGUACAUCAGAAAAAUUAUUUGCUUUUUGUUUUGUGUCAUGGGUGGUUUGAUGUAACAUAUUUUGUUCAGUUUUAUACUGUCUUAUCGUCAAGCUAAUGGAUGUUAUAAUUUAAAGUUAAAACUGCUUUGUUUGCUUUCUGCUUCGAUGUACAAUAUUUUCAUUUAUUUUGAUACAGCACUUGUCUCAUUAUGUAUGCUUGUACAUGUGAAUGUUAUAAUUUAAAAGUAUUUUCUAUUGAUGCAAUC